CGGUCCAUGAAGUUGGACUUGAGGUAAUUCGCCCUGAUCAGCCCAAAUCCAGAAGUUCUCUUAUCAUUAUUUUCUUCGUUCCGACUUCCGAAUCUGAUAUUUACGGCUAAUCGUCAGAAGAACCAACUCGGUUACCGAAAACAUCGAGAGGACUCAGCAUCAAUGGCGGGUGACUCGGCGGACUCGGACUCCUCCCCAAGCAAGCGCCUCAAAACCGGCGUAUCAACGCAAAGCCAGAGCUCCAAAUGCAAAUCGAAGCUCGAAGACGAAAACCAAGCACCGGUCGCUGAGAAUUCGGCUUCUCGCAACUGUGCAAUUUGCUUCUUAGAGGAUGUGAAAGCAAUCAGAGGCGAAAUCGAUUGCUGCGAUCACUACUUCUGCUUCUUGUGCAUCAUGGAGUGGUCCAAGACCGAGUCGCGUUGCCCUAUGUGCCGACGGAGGUUCGCCGCCAUUCGCAGACCACCGAAGGACGGAGUUUUCGCUUGCGAAAGAAUGAUCAAGGUUCCGGUUCGUGAUCAGGCAAACACAACUGGUUCUUUUGAUCCUUAUGCCGAGGUUUUAUGUAACGCAUGCCGUAGCACAAAAGAUGAACAUCUUCUGCUUCUGUGUGAUCUCUGUGAUUCAGCUGCUCAUACUUACUGUGUUGGCCUUGGUUUUACUGUACCUGAAGGUGAUUGGUUUUGCCGUGAUUGUAUCAUUAGUAGGGCUGAACAUGCCCAUAGUGAAACAAAUAAUGAAGACAACGAUCAAGAUGUAAUUAUGCAUUCGGCUCUACCAAAUGUUGUAAGACGAGAAUCACAUCGCCCAGUGAAUGAGAGAGCUUCUUCAAGAGUUUCUUCAGAUUCAAGCAGAGUCUUCCCUUCUGCUGUCCCUCAUCGGAGACCCCUUGCAGUGAACGAAGCUACUGGUCCGGGUUCUAGAACAUUCAAUAUGAAGGCUGUCGAGAAAUUUACCAAAUCAGGUGCAAGAACGUUGGGUCGCUGCCGCAAUGUGCAUAGUCGCAUAAGAGCACUGCGUGAAAAUUGGAAUGCUUUGAGAAGUGGUUCAUUGAGCUUUUCUCCCGGUUCAUCCAAACAGCAAUGCCACAGUCAGAAGCAUGAAAAUAAUGCAGUACUGCACGACAGGUCAGGUGAAGUGGAAACAACAUCUUCUAAAGUUAGUCAGCAGUCGAGAAAUGAAGAUAGUAUUCGCUCAAAAGAUAUUGACAGGGCAUGGAAAAUGCUUGAUAUAGCAAAAUCGAAGCACUGUACUCGUGGAAAGACUAGCAGGUCCUCCAAACUCCCUCCUAGCAAAGUAAGUGGCUCAGAAGAAAGAGCUAAUGUUAGUUCUAAUCAUACAAGAAAUAGUCAACAACUUGGAUAUAGUGGUACUGGUGUGGGAAAAACUGGAAUGGAGAAGCCCUUGGAACACAGUUCUUUUGAGAAGGAAAUAAAAAAGCAUCAAUGGGCAGAGUUAGAAAAGGAGCGAUCGAGUAGAGGUAUUACUAAGGUAGCAGCAGGAUGUAGUUCUAGUCUUUCAACAACAUGUUUGCCGAGAUUGCUUGAACCUUCGUUGUCUAAGAACACCAUUUCUGUUGUAGAUAAUACCCGUCGAAAAAAUAGGUCAAUAUAUUUAGAGGAAAGUGUAAAUUCAGCUUCAUCAAACCUUGCUGGCGAGCAAAAUCGGCCUGCUUGUUUAGUAAGCCAUGGAGCCUCUGAAUCUUUUGAUGUCAAGUCAGAGCUAAGUGCAUCUUCUCUGAAAGUGGAUUUACCCAACGGAAGUACCAGAUCAAAAAAUGACAGCGCCCAGAGUAAUGUGGUAAGGCAUGACGAUGCGAAAAGUGAGAUCCAGUCUCUUGUCAAGCUCAAUUUGAAGCUUCUAAGCAGAGACAAACAGUUAGACGUUGCGGGGUUUAAGGAACUCGCAAGGGCUGCCACGCACACCAUUUUGGCUGCCUGUGGUCUGGAGCACCAAAAAAAGUAUGGCGUCCAUUCUUUCUCAAGCUUUGAAUGUUCCCACAUGGGACUUUGUGAGAUACCUAGGUCCGAUCUCAUGCCCACGUCUUGCCGGCAUUGCUUUAACAGCUUUGUAAAAGAUGUUGUCAAUUCUAUUAUGUUUGAGAAAAUAGGCUGUGCAAAUAUGAGUUAACGUUCUAAAUUAAUGAAUCUGCCUCUGGAAUUUUUGUUGUUGGUAGAAAAGCAUAUGUAGAUUCAUUUAUUUUUGUGUACAGGUUUCUCCACAGCUCAUGUAAUAUCUAUUUGUAGACGUAUAUAAUUACUGUAUAGGCAUGAAGAUGAUAGUAGUUUAUUCCCUGUUUCUGUUUUGUAGAUUAAACUUCUGAUUCAAACAAAACUGAAGCAGAUUAUAUU